AUGGCAGAGUUGCAAAGCUCUGAGGUGAUGAUGAAGAUCAUAAGGUUCUUAUCUUCUCAACUCCAAAGAGUUGCAGAGGCCAAUGACGUGUUUGGCUCGUAUGGUGCACGAAAAAUCACGAUUUUCCACAGCUUGACUCGGCCCACAAUCUCGAUAAAGAGCUAUCUCGAGAGGAUUUUCAAGUACGCGAAUUGUAGCCCGUCUUGUUAUGUCGUGGCCUACAUUUAUCUCGACCGGUUCGCGAAGAAACAGCCUUUGAUGCCGAUAAAUUCGUUCAAUGUGCACCGGCUUCUCAUUGCUAGUGUUCUGAUUUCUGCAAAGUUUAUGGAUGACAUAUACUACAACAAUGCUUACUAUGCCAAAGUUGGAGGCAUAAGCACGGCAGAGAUGAACCUUCUAGAAGUAGAUUUCUUGUUCGGCCUGAGCUUCGAACUGAACGUGUCGACUGCCACGUUUCACCACUAUUUCGGUUAUCUUCAGAGGGAGAUUCUCCUCGAGCUUCCUCCCAUUUAUGUAGUCCCAUCUACACCAUCACUAAAUCUUGGCGCGAAAGAUAAGUUCCAUUUUUGCGUCAACGAGGAAGGAUCUACAGCUCAUCAACAACAACAACAAUUGGCCGUUUAG